ACCUCCGAACCGUAAGCGUCGCUGUGGAUUCCAGCUCCCCCCUUCAAAAAUAAUAAUACUUAAAAUAUUACGUCUUGCGCAAACGCUUUCUUGAUUCCAGAUGCAAAAACAGUAAACAGGAAGCGCCCGGGUUGAAUCACAACCGUGUCACACAGAGUUAAUAUGGGGAAGAGCUGUAAAGUGGUUGUGUGUGGAUUGUCGGCUGUGGGCAAAACAGCUAUUCUUGAGCAACUGCUGUAUGCAAACCACGUAGUGGGUUCUGAGCCCAUUGAGACUCUAGAGGAUAUCUACAUCGGCUCAAUCGAGACGGACCGUGGUGUGCGGGAGCAGGUGCGAUUCUACGACACCCGGGGCUUGAGGGAGGGAUCUGAAUUCCCCAAGCACUACUUCUCCUUCGCUGAAGGCUUUGUGCUGGUCUACAGCAUCGACAGCAAGGAGUCCUUCAAGCGCAUGGAGGCCCUCAAGAAGGAUAUCGACAAAUACAGGGAUAAGAAGGAGGUGACCAUUGUAAUCCUGGGCAAUAAAUGCGACCUCCAGGACCAGAGGCGAGUGGACCACGAAGGUGCCCAACACUGGGCAAAGACGGAGAAGGUGAGGCUGUGGGAGGUGUCUGUGACCGAUCGCCGGACGCUGAUCGAGCCCUUUGUCCACCUGGCCAGCAAGAUGACCCAGCCCCAGAGCAAGUCCACCUUCCCCCUGAGCCGUAAGAUCAAGGGCAGCGGCUCUCUGGACAGUUGAAAGGGGUGUGGAAAACACUCCUGAUCUGGAACUUGUGGAAGUGUUUCAGCAGUAUGGAACUGUAGUCAAAAUGAAUCAUGUUGUUGUCAGUUCACCAUUGUGGCGCAUGCUUCAACGUUCAGCUUUUUUGAAGCAUGGUGUUGUUCCGUUCUUCUGAAAUGCCUUGUCCUUUUUGUUUUAUUAACAUUGUUACGUUAUGGGACGGUGUGUUGGUGAUUGUGAAAGAACACGUUGUGUGUUUUUGUCUUACUGGAUUUUAGCGACCAACGGUAAAGCUUUUUGCCAGGCAGGUGAACCCACUUCUUAAGAAGAUCAUCGAAGCGUUCGGCCAAAAAUACUUCAAAAACAGAAAUAGCUUGUCUUUUUUUUUUUUUAAUUUAAAAAUGGGAUCACGUUUUUUAAUGCUGUGAUCGUGAAAGGUAGGGGAAAUAGAUAGUUGCACUGUUAGGUACUGUGCAGGCAGAUGCACUGCAAGUUAUAUAAGGUGAAUGCAUUAACACACCCGGCACAGGCUUGGUGGUCCAGUGGUUAAAGAAAGGGGCUUGUUACCAGGAGGUUCCAGGUUCAAUCCCAGCUCAGCUGCUGACUCGCUGUGUGUGACCCUGAGCAAGUCACUUAACCUCCUUGCGCUCCGUCCUUCAGAUGAGACGUAAAACAAACAAGGUCCUAUUGUAAGUGACUCUGCAGAAACAGUUGAUGAUGCAUAGUUCACCUCUCCGUAAGUCGCUUUGAAUAAAAGCGUCUGCUAAAUGACAAAUUAAUAAUAAUAAUAAUAAUAAUAAUAAUACAACAAUGUGCCAUUUACUUAAAAAAUUGUAAUAAUUAAUUAGGAUAGUUGGUACAGAAUCAUAUACAACAUUCUAUGUUGAAAAAAAUAUAUAAGUGUACAUGCCUAAUAGAAGCUCUACUUUUUUAUUUUCUUAUUAUAUCAUUUACAAUUUUCACUAUUAUAAUUUUCAGAAGAUGGACGAAUUAUCAAUUUUUGAUUUUUAAUACAUUAUUAUUAGUUUAUUUAGCAGACUCCUUUAAGGCGACUUACAGAGACUAGGGUGUGUGAACUAUGCAUCAGCUGCAGAGUCACUUACAACUACGUCUCACCCAAAAGAUGGAGCACAAGGAGGUUAAGUGACUUGCUCAGGGUCACACAAUGAGUCAGUGGCUGAGGGGGGAUUUGAACCGGGGACUUCCUGGUUACAAGCCCUUUUCUUUAACCACUGGACCACACAGCCUCCUAUGACAUUGCCACUCGCAGACCCGGAUUAGCGUUAGCACUAAGAUAAAGUAGUCCGAUUAGUUAGUGCUGAUCGGGGUCUGUAAAUCCAGUUAUUUAAACAUAUAAAAAAUGUAGCGUGCACACAGCUAUAGUUACACCAGGCUCUUGAAGCCAUACCCCUUGUGGUAGCAAAGUUUACAUCUGUAUGUAAAGCUGUAGUGUUUUGGAUCCCAAAAAUGUAUGCUGUAACCCAAAAUACUGUCUGUAGUACAAAGUUAUUUAACCUCUUUAUCUUUUUUUUUUCCUUUUGGUUCUGAGUUUGGUUGCUCACAGGUUCUGUUUCAGGUAAAUUUACUGUGCACUGUGGAGUGUUAAUUGUGUAAGGAUUUAUGCCCUGGCCUUGUAGGGAGUGACUGGCUUUUCAUAACUCAGAGUGCAGCUGUCGCCUCGGGACAGAUGAUAACACUUUUGUUUUUCACAUACAUUGUUUCUGCUUAAUAAACAGUUUUGAGCCUAUGUACAAACCAUAAUCAAACCAAUUUGAAACACACUAUUAGCACACAUACGCUUUUUUUCUGAUAACCACGCACCUUGUGUAGGGCAGGGUACACAUUGUUCCACUUAAAUGGCACAAGCUCUUACUGUUUCACCAGCCUUUUGUUCCUUUCCAUUAUACAACCCGUUACUUAUGCGUCCCAUUUAAAUGGUAAAGAAAUCACUGAAACUGUCUGUAAACAUUGUGUGAUUGUCCUGUGUUCAAUGUAAGCUCUAAAUCAACGCAGGGUUGAUAAACUCAAUUAAGCUGUGCUUAGCUGGUGCACAUCAGCCGUUUGUAAUCGCCGGCCCUUUCGUUCGACCUUGUGAUGCGUGGGUAUAGCACUUUGCUGCCUGCGAAAAUUGAGCAAAACUCGUAGCAUUGUUCUUAAAUGUAACUUCUUGUUAUCUGGGUUUCUGCUGACAUUGGUAAAGUAAACAAGAAACGCAAAUGUAACUUUUAAUAUGUUUUGUCUCACUCCAUGCAUCAUGCUAGGGAAGUACAAAGUAAUUUUUUUGCUCAGCUAAGAAAUAUCUACACUGAUGCCAGCGCAGACACUAACAUCUCCACUGAUGCAGCGCAGACACUAACAUCUCCACUGAUGCAGCACAGACACUAACAUUUCCACUGAUGCAGCACAGACACUAACAUCUCCACUGAUGCAGCACAGACACUAACAUCUCCACUGAUGCAGCACAGACACGACACCUCCUGAGGUCUACCGCAUGCUGCAUGUGGUCUUUGAUUUGCUUUCUUCCUGUUUGCAUUUUGAUUCCUGAAUAAACCAUUUUUGAUUAACUUUA